UACCUGCGUGAGACGCUGCACAUUCCACCCUACAAGGAAAUCAACUUGUGGGCGCUUCCAGAUCCUCCAGAAGGAGAGAAACCAAACCAGCCCUAUCCUAUAUUGAUCAAGCUGGCGAUUUACGGAAGCCCGAACAAGCAGCUCACACUACAAGAGAUAUACACAGCACUCGAAGAUCGUUUCGAAUGGUUCAAGGCUCGGCGAAAUGAGAAGGCCUGGAAGAACUCGAUUCGCCAUAACCUCUCUUUGAACAAAGUCUUCAAACAUGUGCCCCGUGCCAUAACGGAGCCGGGUAAAGGAAGCUAUUGGCAACUCGACUGCUCUGGUGGUGAGGGUUACAAACGCCCUCGUAAGCGC